GAAAGUUCCUGCCUGGAACUGUUUCUGUUGUGUUUACGGUGAUCUCGGUUAUCAAGCGUGCGGCAGGCGGCUGGCCCAGUUCGUAGACAACGGUUCGAACCAGAAUUUCAGCUGCUGUCGGUGUCUCCGGAGCACCGGGACGGACGGAAGAGAGCGGCGGGGACCUGCGAGAUCCGCUUUUUCCGCCAUUUGUCCUUCGAGGAAAGUCGGGGGGACCGGGAGGCUAACCGGCCGGGAUUGGAGCCCCCCGACGGGCUUUUGUGGACUCCACUAGGUCAUAUGACGGAAUGUUCCCGGGACUCGCAGGUUAGCGGCUAGUCGGGACUCGGAAACUCCCAGGUGGGUCCGGUUUGGUCCACAUGUGUCCUAUAGGAGAAUCCAGGUGUGUUUCAGGUGAAGCGCGGCUCACAUCAAACUCCGACAGAAAACAAACGUUUCAAACCGAAUUUAAACGCGUCACGCUCGUGACGUCACUCCAACAGAACCAGAGUUUCUGCUGCAGGUUUAAUAAUCCGAGCCCAGCUUUAUUUAACGUGUCCUGCAGGUGUCCACAUGUCCUCGGUCCAGCUGCGACUCUGACGCAAAGGUGUCUGCCUUCAGCUGCUUUAAUGGAGUUCUGAGGCUGCUGGUCCCGUGGAGCCCCUGCAUGUCUGGACUCUGGGCCUAGAACCAGGCUGAAGGUAGGACCUGUCCAAUGACCUGCCAGUCCUCUGAAGCCAUCGAGGACGAGCGACGAGCCAGCGGCAGCAGCACUGGCAUCUGUACCGUGGAAUCAGAUGAGAGUGGGAUGGCCUCCACCAUGAAGGACCUCAGAAACACAGGAUGGUACUGGGGCGGUCUGACUGCUAACGGGGCCAGGGAGGUUCUGCAGGACUGGUGCGAGGGGGCGUUCCUGCUGCGGGACAGCUCCCAGAGGGACUUCCUGUUCACCAUCAGCGCCAUGACCUCAGCCGGCCCCACCAACCUGCGCAUCGAGUACAAACACGGGAAGUUCAAGCUGGACUCGGUGGUUCUGAUCAAACCCAAACUCAAGCAGUUCAGCAGCGUGGUCCACCUGGUCGAGCACUAUGUCCAGCUGUCCAGAACCAGCGAGGCGUCUCCAGCUCCAGUGCUGGGGCCGCCCAACAGGACCGUGCAGCUGCUCCUCACCAAACCCGUCUACAUGGCUGUGCCAUCGCUGCAGCACCUCUGUCGCGUCGCCGUCAACCGGACCAGCCAGCAGGUCCAGAACCUCCCCGUCCCCAACAGACUGAAGGACUACCUGGCAGACUAUGUCUACAGCGUGUAGAGAGAGCAAGGCAUGAUGGGAAGCUGAGCCGUGGCAUGGGCCAACAGGAGGUCCAAACGGCCCGGUAACCAGCAUGAAACCUGGUUCUCUACCUGAGUAGAACCUGAACCGGGUUCUGCUAGAACCUUCUCGUGGAGACAGAACCAACUGGUGAUUGGCCAUUCGGAUCAGAACCGAUCCAUCAGCAGCAGCUUUACUGGAAGUCGUACCUGAGCAGGUGUUUAUGAAGGACUCUCCUCCUGGAAGAUGGACUCGCUGGUUCCUCAUGCUCUGGAGCUGGGUCGGGUCGGAACAUUUUACAGUAUUAUCUUAUGUGUCUUCUCAUUAAACCUGUGAUCAUGGAGCUGUUCUCAGGUGGUUCUGAACCCGGUGGGUCCACCUGGACGCAGCACAUCUAUUUAUUGUUUUGGUUUCAGAGCUUCGCUCCAAAAUUAGGAGUGCUGAUCUAAAUCGGACCUGUCCUGGUCCGGUCCGUGUGCCGCACAUGAAGAAUCUGACUGUUUCAGGUGUUUCUGUAGGGAGGCUGAGCCCGCUUCCUGGUGGGACGAUGCUGUUUAACAGCAGCGGCCUGGGGAGGAGUUGUUGUCAUGACGU